AUGACCGAGGAGUGGGGCGACUGGCCGAUCGACGACGAGAACUCGCAGUUGAUGGACCUCCAUCCAUUCUGGGCCCAGGAGCGUCAGCACCAGCGCUGCCAAGCAGCGUACCGCCAGGUCAUCGAUGCGGCGUUCUGCACGUCUGGUCGGUGCCCUCGCCCGGACUUGCGCAUCGCCAACGCCUUGCUACCACAGCUGCUCACACCGACAGACGUCGCUGGUCUCGUCCAGGAGUAUCCCGCAGGCUGCGUUCCGCGCUCGCUCUGCGCUCUUGACGCUGCUUGGUCGAGUCGUCUUCACACGCUGGUCCAGACCUUUCUCGGCCGCGGCGGCCUCUGCGCGCUGCAACUGCGCUGCGUCUGGCUCGGCGGCGCGACUCUGCUGCCCGCCACCGGCUUUGCCACGGUCUACGUCCUCCUCACACCAGAGCGUGACGUGUGGGAGCUCCGCUACAACACGGUUCACACGACCCUCGAGAUGGCCUCGACCCGCACUGACGUCGUGCCAUGGCUCAGCAUGUACGGCCACGAGCGCCCUAUCUUUGCCGACGACGCAGCGCGCGUUCUCUUGGUCUUUGACGUCACGGCAUGCGGCACGAUUCCGUCGCUGCCAGCGACACUGCGCGCGGCCAUCAAAAAGUUCAAGCCAGGCGUGACGCUGGACGAUCCAACGAGCCUGUCUCGAACCGACCGCGACGUCUUUGCCGCGCUGACGAAAGCCACGGGGCUGGAAAUUCUGCUCGCUCGCUUCGCCCCGUCAACCGAUCGAACGCAGCUUGUCGUCAAGGCGGUGGUGCCACUGCCAACCAGCAACCGCCACUGGUUCGGCGCUCGUCCCGAGAGCAACCUCCAGACUGUUCAUGCACUCAUCUACCCGCGCUCGAUGGCGCUGCGCCUCCUCGGCUUCGAGACGACCAUGAACUUGCUCUGUCGCGGCAAGCCGUUCUUGAACCCGCUUCUCUCUUGCUGCAGUGGCAUUGACGACGUGUUGAGCAAGACCAUGAUGGCUCUCUUCGCACCGGACGCCGCCCACGACAGUCGCGGCAACGUGGCCGCCCGGCAAGUACACUUCUGCGACGUCCUCCGCACGCAAGCAGCGGCGCUUGGCUUCAACGGCCUUUGCAAGCACAAGCCUUUCAACACCGAGGUGGCGUCGGCUGUCGCCGCUGUCGUUGCCCAGUAUGGCUGGUCGCCUCUCGAGCCAGCGAUCUUGGCCAUGGUCCGCCGCACUGGAAGCUUGCACCGAGCGUGCUUUCUUCCGACCCUCGAGCUCCUUUUGGCUUUGUACGGUGUCACCCACAGCAGCGCCCCGGUGCUCCAACCCGCGAGAUUCGACAACCCGAUCGAGGCGGUUAUGCAGGGUCUCUGGUCCCUGCGCGGCGAUAGCUCCGAGCUCUUGGAUCACGUCCAGGUCCUCACCGCUGUCUUGCGGCUGGAAGCGUUCUUUGCGCGGCCAUCGGUGGCGCCCCGGGUCGCGGGCUGCUUGGCGGCGCUCGUCCCCGCCAAGGUGGAGCAGCACAUUUGGACGUUUGUGCGUCGACCGACGACGCUCUUGCUCGUGGUUCAGACCAGUCGCAUCUACAGUUCGGUGGACGUGCUGGCGCCGGCGCUGGCACCGCUGGAAGAGCACCCGCCAAUGACGCGCCAGCUACUGCAAGCAGCCAUCGACGCGCUGGAGACGGACGCCACGACCCCAAUCGUCGAGAAUCUCGUCACCUUUCUCAAGCUCUUGGCGCAGUACGCCCUGUUGCCCACGCUCUUGACACAGACGUGGCACCAUCUCGGCCUUGGCGCCAUACCAGCGAUUUGCGUCGUGGCCACAACGACCGCGACGGCAGACACCGCGCUGCUCUCGAAAGCCAUGCACGCUAUCUACGUCGACAGUUUGAGCGGCAGGUGCGACGCCCUCCAGCACCACUACGAGGUGAAAGGUGCGUCCUCCAAGCGGCGCCGAGACGAUGGCGACAUGCCGCAGCACCUCUUGCUCGACGUGGCGAGCUUCUUCAGCGCGCACGAUCCCGGGGCACUUGGCACGUUCACGCAGUGGCUCGCAACAGCCGAUGGACGGACCCUGGAGCUCCUAGCAGCAGUGACGGCGGCACUCAACGAGCUGGGGCACUGCGAUGCGGCGGCUCUCUUGGCCUCCGCCGCUUUGGAGCUGUGCGACUGCGGCUCCUGCGGCGGCCCGUCUUGUGCGUCGGCCUCGAUGCUUGAGCGCGCGAAGCGACGCCGCAAGCACCAGCGUACUCCACGAGCAACGUCACUUGAAGCAUAUCGGUAG